AUGGCCAGGAAAAAUUUCAUCCCAUCUGUUUCUCUCGUUAGGAGGGACCUUCCAAAACUAGCCACUACUACGGCAAGUUCCACCGCCGUAACAAGGUCCACCUCCAAUGUAGCGUCCCAAACGACCUCCAACAACCUGCCAUCGUUGGCCGCCUCGGUUUCCAGUUCGAAAACAUUGUCCUCAUCGAUAAUUGUUCCAACCAUAACUCCUCCGUCUACCUUGGGGAAUCCUUUCAUACUCAAUGCAGCCAACAAACCUAAUGGAACUGUAUAUAUUGCUGUCGGUGCGGUUAUAAGCGCCGUUUUCUUUAGUAUCUUUAUGUGGUGGUUAGUGUCCAAGUAUUUGGCUCGACGCUCCACGAUAACUGCUUCUUGUGCAAAAGAUAGUAAUAUCUGUUACAGAGGACAUCAUAAGCACACUUCUUCAUUACAAAGUAAUCCAUUUGACUUAGAUGAUGAAAAAGCUUAUAUGCAUGAGGAUUGGGAUUCUACGAGCCAGUUAGAGUCUGGUCAAUACGAGGAUACAGUCUCACCAUUUAAUCCGAUCCAAGAUCCCUUCACAGAUAACGGAAGGAGCUUGUUUAUAUCGCCUACUUUACAAGUAUCACAAUAUGAAAAAAGUCAUAGCCGUCACCAAUCGAAGGAUACUGACAUUCUGCUUGACGAUCCAUAUUUAUAUGCAGGUGACUAUACGAGAGAAGAGGAGGAGGAAAAACUGGGUCUGAAUAGGCCUCAAAGAGCAGCAUCGCCUGAAAGAAAGGAAAAGAAAAUUAAUUCAAUGGAAGGCUACCAUAAGAGAAAUCAAUCGUCAUUGGGCCUCAUACCGGUUACUUCUGCCACCUCUAAUACCAGUUCGCCUAAAAAAGCUCAUAAGCGACAGGCACCAUCGAUGUUUUUGGAUGACGUCUUAAAUGGCAGAGAGAUAAUUUAG